UAGGUCAUGUGUGGACUUCUGACUAUGGUUGUUCAGACAAAGAAGAAGAGUUCCAAUGGUUGAUCAAGUAUUCGCCACUGCAUAAUGUGAAAAGACCAUGGGAGCAAUCUUCUAUAAUUCCCAACAAUACCGACCAACUUUAUUGUUGACAGAUGAUCAUGAUGAUAGAGUUGUGUCGUUGCACACUAUGAAAUUCUUAGUUACGAUGCAAUAUGUGUUGUGCACAAGCUUGGAGAAUAGCCCACAGACAAUUUACAACCAAGUGUUCAGAUUUAUAAUCUUCCAGGAGUUUUCACCAUAUGGGAAGUUCAUUGUUACUGCUGACCGUGAUUUCAAAAUUCGUGGUUGGAAGGAACUGGAAUUGGCCUUGUUGUACAUGAGAAAGAUCUUGGAAAAAUCUUUAAUAGGAGGAUGUAAAUGUUUGCUUAAAAUUUUGGUGUCUUGGGACUUCCUGCGGAUCAUAUUCAACAUUUCAGCUUGUUACCAUAUUCAACAUUUCAGCCUGUUACCAGGCAGGACAGACAUACGGAUGAAAGUGGAAAUCCCUCAAGAUACAGAGCUUGUGGAGCCGCUAGAUGAAGCUUGUAUAUGGCGCCAAGCAAGAGGCACCGCCACUGAAACUUUAGGAGCCAAGAACAAAGUUGAAUCCACAGAGAAGAUUUGUUUUAUCUUUCCAUACAGUAAAGACUUGGAGUUGAAUUUGGCUAAGUCAUUCUUGAGUGAGAUGGGCCAAUGUACAACUGCUUAUCCAUAUAAUCAGUUGCUUGGAGCACUAGUCUUAAAGAAUUAUGAAAAGCAAGAUGCAACUUUACUUAGUUGGAAUUUGAUGUACAGAGUAGAUUAG